AUGAGUGGCUAUCCUUAUGGAAAUCCAGCUGGUAAUUAUCCACCACCCUAUGGUAUAGGUAACACUGGUUAUCCAAACUAUCCACCAAAUAAUAAUUUUCAGCUUCCUCCACCACCCAUACCCAUGUAUGCUGACAAUCAAUCAUUUGCACCACCUUAUGGCACGACUACUCCUUAUAUGCCUGGCAAUAAUAAUUAUUCAGCAGCACCCUACAAUGUAAGUCAAAUGCCAACUGACACAUAUGGUUAUGGAGGUAGUAGUAACUAUCCACCACCUCCACCAUCUGGAGGACAAAUGCCAUCACCGAUGUUGAAUCAAUCUGCACAACAGUAUGAAGGUUUCGGAAAUUCACAAUAUCAACAACCAUAUUCCCAAGAAAUGCCGUCAUCAGUGUCUGGCGGUUUAUAUCCACACUUGUCAACACCAGCAAUACCAUCAAACUAUGCGGGAGAAGGAAUAGCUUCUUCAUAUCAAUCCCAACAUCAACAUCAAUCGUUUUAUCCUGCACAACAACCAUCAACAAUACUUGCUAGUUUAGAGCAAUACCAAGGAACAGUUUUUCCGGCAUCAAAUUUUAAUGUCGAUGCUGACUGUCAUGCAUUGAGUCAAGCAAUGAAAGGAGCAGGAACCAAUGAACGUGCUUUAAUCGAUAUUAUUGCUAAUCGAUCCAAUGCGCAGCGUCAACAAAUUAAACUUCAAUAUAAAUCGAUGUAUGGCAUGGAUUUAAUUAAACAACUUGCUGGAGAACUAAGUGGAAAUUUUAGAGAAACGAUUACUGCCUUAUUUGAAUCACCGGCACAUUUUGAUGCGUGGUCAUUACAUCAAGCUCUAAACGGAAGUAGAGAAGGUACACUGCGUGAAAUUUUACUUACAAGAACAAAUAGUGAAAUUCAAGCAAUUGUUGAAUCAUAUAGACGAACAUACAAUAGGGAUCUUGAAAAAGAAAUUAGUAGUCGUGUACGAGGAACUGAUUUCAAACGAAUGCUCAUUUCUGCUGUACAGGCCAAUCGAGAGGAAUUGAGUCCACAACAAAUUCAACAAGCUCGUCAGAUGGGUAUUGAAAGUAUUAUUGAUCGUAAUCGUGCUCGUCAAGAUGCUGAUGAUUUGUAUAAAGCUGGUGCUGGUAAAUGGGGCACAGAUGAGAAAGUGUUUAAUGCUAUUUUUGCUCGACGUAAUUAUUAUCAACUUCGUGCUACUUUUGAAGAAUAUCAAAAAAAAUAUCGACAAGAUAUUGCUAAAGUAAUUCGAUCAGAAUUUUCUGGUGAUAUUAAAGAUGCUUAUCUUGUUUUGAUAUCAUGCAUUCGUGAUCGACCAUCAUUUUUUGCUGAACGUAUUCAUAAUGCUGUUAGUGGUUUAGGUACCAAUGAUUCAACACUUAUUCGUGUAAUUGUUACACGUUCGGAGAUUGAUCUUGCACAAAUUAAAGAACGGUAUCAACAAAUGUAUAAGCGUUCGUUAGCUCAAGAUGUUAGUGGAGAUACAUCGGGUGAUUAUAAACGAAUUCUGUUGUCUAUAAUAAAAUAA